GUGAUCUUGUAGUCCCAAGGGAAGUGCCGACUUGUCGAUGCUUGAUUGAUAUCAAUCCCAUUGUGAGGAAGACACACCUGAAUGAUUUUCAUUGCUCCUCAAUGACUUGGAACGCUUCAAAUAUCAACGUCUAGUAGGUUCUAACAUACCCCACCGAGUAGGAAAACCUUGAUCCAAAACACUCCACCGCGUCGGAAAUGAAACUGCGAUCCUUCGGGCCUGAAUGCUAUACUAAAUCUACAAGUGGGUCAAGACUCAAGAACGGUACGAGAUAUUUAUCCGCUCGAAGAUAUCACGCUCAACAACGAGCAAAACACCAACUCCUCGAGUCCUUUGACACUUACUCAUCCCGGAUGGAGCCCUUUGUGCCUACCCAUUCAGUACAAUAUGACAAGAGCUUGAAAAUGGACAUGCAAGGAAGUCUGGGAGUGAACGUGAGCAAACAAGUAUCCGCCCAUGUUUGUGUGAUAAAGCUGCUUUGGGAUCGCUUGAGCGGCUUUGUUGAACAUGUAAACGAUCUCUGAGGUCAUUCCCGAAUCGAAAAGUCUUGAAACCAACUUCAGUUCAAGAAUGCGGCUUCUCCUACCGUCAAUUCAAAGGCACAUUUUUGCAUUUUUCCCACUUUUUGCGUCAUUGUUCAAAAUGCAAGUGCAGAGUGACGAUAAUUUCGUGUUCGAUCCAGGUGUUUUGAAAAAGUGUUGUCCCCUCGGUCAAUACCUAGAUCCAGCUUUUCAAUGUCAAGAUGUCGAGAGCAGAAACUUGAACGUAACCCCCUCGUAUUUGCCCGAGUUCGCGUUGAAUUUAAGCCUUUCGUCUGAGUUAUGGGAGAGCAAGUUCGGUCAGUCACCGAAUCAAUUUCAGCAACUCAAUCUAAAACCCUGGGAUGUGUCCCAGGGGACACCCAAUUGUGGAGAAGAUUCAUUUCAGGUAUUGAAUCUCGACAACCCAUAUCUAUAUGUCAUCACCUUCGAUGGAAAACUCGUGAGUCUUGGAGGCAAAUUUGAGCCCACGUUUGACCUUGGCGAUUACUGCAUAGACUUCGGUUACAACCCACGACUAGACGAAAGCCAUCACCUCUUAAAUGAGGAGGAAAGUUUUCCUCUUCACCCGAUUGCAUUGAUCUGCAAUCAUUGUCAUUCUUACGUUUGCUUGCAAAGAUGUUGCCAUCACCUUCAGAAAGGUGACUAUGAUGAGGAUGGACAUUUCUAUUGCCAGAAUUCGUUACAUCCAUCUCCACCUCGUCCUCGGCAUUGGAACAAAUCCUCACGUUUUGUCCUCGUGUAUCAAAACAUAGAUCAGUGUGAAAUCAAUCGUCAAAACAAGGAUGGCCACGUACUUGACCUUCGAGACCACGAUUUCAUUUUACAUAAAAAUGGGAGCAUCAUCAUUGACAACGAUCCAUCUCAUUUGCAUGUGCCUGAAGAGUAUUGUUUAGUAUUGCAAAGUGCUCAAGAUGACAAUGGAGCAACCAUCUCCAAUGAAUAUGUCCGUCUAUGUCCCAAGGAAGAUGAUUAUGGGCAUCUAUUUGUGGUAACGAAGGCCUAUCCAAUUUGUUGCAGUGUUUCAAAUCUAUUUCUACUUCUUACGUUCAUCAUCUAUUGCAUUCUACCGGACUUGAGGAAGCCUCUUUUCGGGAAGAUCAUAAUGGCCUUUAUCUUGAGCCUUUUCUUCGCUUAUUUGUGUAUAAGUGCUAUUGCAUUUGGACACCUGCAGUUCGUGAUUAACCCAGAUUACAACAAAGACUAUAAUUUAGCCUGCAAAGUCAUGGGAUUUCUUGUGUUGUUCUUCUUUUUGCACACCUUUGCGUGGAUGAAUGUUUUGUCCUACGACAUCUUUCAGAAGUUUUCCACUCUACCCCGAUCUUCAAUCGCGAAACGAGCCCAUGAAAGAGCGAUCUUAUACAAAUAUACUUGUUACGCAACGGGAGUGCCUGCUUUUGUGACCUCAAUCACGGCCAUCGUGGAGUUUUUCCCCCAAUCCUAUCACGGCCUCCGACCUGGUUUUGGCCUUCGAAAUUGCUUCUUCGAAAAGCCUUUGGCCAGUUUCGUAUUUUUUCACUUACAUUUAGUAAUUAUGCAAAGUACAAACAUAAUAUUUUUCGUUCUCACCAUUCGCAAUCUAUAUCAAACAUGGAAAAGCAGCCGGAGGCUGGAUGAGCAGCAUUGGAAAAGCUGGGAUCAAAUCCGCAUUAUCAUCAAACUAUUUGUUAUUAUGGGAGGCACUUGGUUAUCAGAAUUCCUGUGCUUUCUCUUCAGUUGGAUCUUCGGAAUGGACAUUGUGUGGAAGUACUUUCUAUUCAACGACCUGAUCAACUUGUCCCAAGGCAUCCUCAUAUUUCUAGCUCUCAUAUGUAACCGCUCAGUAAUUGGCAAACUCAAAGCUCGUUUUUCUUGUUCUAAAAGAGGAACAACAACGAACCAAGGUGGCUUCCCAUUGCAAAACAGACCUUUGUCAAAUUCUGGGAUGGCACACGACAAUAAAACUAGCGACAGAUAUCGUUCCACAGGCUCUCAAAAAAACAUCUGUCAAGGCGGAAAUGACUGAGCUCCAAUUCGACGAAGAUGGCACACCUAAAAAAUCAGAACAAGAUUUGAAGACACAAGAAAGCCGUACAAAAAACGACUCGACGAGCUUUGUCCCUCGACUCGUAACAAUCCCAAACAACAGGACUUGAGGAAGAGACACAAAAAGGGCAAUCAUUCUGCGUGCCUGUUCAUUCAUUGUGAGGUAGUCAAUCAAAUACCCUUAAGGUCAUGAACGGAUCAAUACAUGUC